AACAAAUCGACUCGCUGUUGGCAUUAUGAUGUGCAGUCUCACAGGCACCGUAGUUGCGUCUACUUGAUAAUAUCACACCUGUGGUGUUCUCGGCGGAGUUUUUGCGUUUAGUGUUGUGCAAUAAUAUUUAUAUAGUACCUAUACCGUGUGUGUGUGUGUUGCAGUUUAUAGAUAUAAUUUGUGUCGCGACGUCUUCAGAUACAUUUGCUUUCGAAAUAUUUAUUCGGUCAUGGCUGUGUGUUACUUUAAUAGGUGUGUUUAAAACCAAGCACUUCAAAUCGGGCGGGCGGCUUGCAUAGUUAUCCGUUUCAAGUUUCAAACAUUGACAAAUAUAUCCAUUGUGGUCAUAGAUAAUUCUCUGGAAGGAAGCUCUGAACAAAACAAUUAUAUACCAACUGCUAUUGUUACGUGAUUAUAAGUAUUAUAUAUUGUACCACAUCGUUAAUAAUAUUUGGAAACAUGAAGUGGCCAACAUUGUGGAUGAAAUCAAAUAAAAACGAUUUCAGUUAUGGAAUCGAUUCCACUAUAGCACAGAUCUUGGCUUUGACGACGACCAAUCUGUUCAGUAUGAAAAUCGGCAUCGAUAUGAUGACUCCGACGAUAAUCAUUGGUGCCAUUACCGACAAACAAAAUAGCACCGGCUACAACCCUCUACCCCACAUAUCGGAAGAACAGACGUCCUGGAUAGGAAGUCUCGUCUACCUACUCUCGCCGGUGGGCAGCGUGAUUGCAUCUUUCUUGCAAGACCGUUAUGGUCACCGAGUGUGCAUGAUGGUGGCCAACGUUACGCACUUGCUGUCCGUGGCCAUGUUGAUGUUAUCCGAUGGUCCAGCCUGGCUGUACGCCAGCUCAGCACUGAUGGGUUUCAACGCGGGGUUCGUGACCAGCUUCUCACUGUCGUACUGCGGAGAGGUGUGUGAGCCGAAGCUCCGUGGCACGCUCACCGCCGUGCUCAACCUGUUCUACUUCGCCGGUUACCUGUGCGUGACCAUGUUGUAUGCAGUCACCGCCGAUUGGCGGCUGUCCGUGCUGUUCACCGCGAUUUUGUCGAUCGUCAAUGCUGCGAUCCUGUUCAAGACCCCAGAUUCACCAAUGUGGUUGAUGUCCCAAGGCAGAACGGAUGAGGCGAAGAGCACGUUUAACAAACUUCGAGGUGACGCAGGCGAGGACAAGUGCGCCGCUGAAUUCCGGGACAUGGUUAAUUAUACAUCCGAAAUUAAUCUACCAACAGCUGGAGAAAAACAAGAAACGUGUUCUAUCAACGAUUCGUGGUACCGCUUCAUUGAACCCGAAACGUUAAAACCUUUGCAAAUGCUCAUGAUAAUAAUUUUCUUCACCAAUCUUUUGUCGGGAAUACCGUACACACCGUAUCUGAUAUCCGUAUUCGACAAAUUCCAAGUGUCUUUCCAUUCGGCUUGGGCAACGACGAUGUACAUGGCUUUUGGCGUCGCUGGAAACGUGCUGACCAUAUUCUCCAUAAACAAAUUGGGAAAGAGAUUUUUGGCUUUGUGCACAAUGGCUAAUUGUUCAGUUUGUUAUCUGUCCAUCGGGAUCAUCGGAAACGUAUUGCCACCGUCUCCAGUUACGUCGUGGAUUAAAAUCGUGUUGUUUUUCAUGUCGACUUUUUUUUCGACAAUGGGAAUCAUGCCUAUAAUGUGGAUUCUCAUGUGUGAAAUUUUCCCAAUGAAAAGUAAAAACGUCGGUGCCGGCAUUAGUUCAGCGAUAUACUUCAUCUUGAGUUUCCUGAUGACCAAGUUCUAUUUGGAUCUCGAAGUGAUUACAGGUUUCUAUAAUACUUUCGUUUUGUUCGGGACCAUAGGCAUAGUCGGUCUGGUGUAUUUGUACUUUCAACUUCCCGAGACCGAGAACAAGACGCUAAAUGAGAUUUCGGAACACUUUAAAUGCAAAAACACGAAAGCUGAUGUGCCAACUGGUUUAGCUUAAAAUAAUAUACGAGUUAACAAUUUAACGAAUGAACUAUAGUAUUGUUAUUACUAUUAUUACCCAUGGCCAUAGCAUAGUUUGUUGUUAAUUUUAAAUGCAAGUUUUACGUCUUAUAUAUAAUGUAUAGUGAUUUGUUGACCGUUUACAUUCGUGCGUUUUCACAUUGUUAUUGUUUAGUUUUUAUUUUCACUGUACUUACCUAUAUCAUUUGUAUAUUUUUUCUACUAAUUUUAUUUGUAGUAAUAUCCAUAAGAAUCUCACAUUAAUCGUGGGCGAUGGGGGUUACACCACACAUUAUUGCAUCACAGAUAAUAUUAUAUACUCCUAAAUUCUGAUAUCAAACUUUUCCAUAAUUAUACUUUAUUACAACCCCCUUUCAUUUUAAGUAUCAUAAUUUAUUGAUUAUAAAUGCUGAUUGCUCAAAUUAUAAAUUGUAUAUUGUAACCUACUGUGGUCUGUGUUGUAUGAUAUAUUCUGUAAGUAAUAAACGUUAACAAGCUAUAAAA